AUGACCUUGCCGACUGCGGCGUCGUUGACGGCUGCCAUGAGUCAGAUCGAUUACUUCACGGAUGGAGACAAGUUACACUGGGCUCAGGAUGUUGUCAGGCUGCUAGACAAGCUCUGGAGGCUGGCGAGGUCCAAUAAAGCAGUUUCUGUCGGUCAGCCCACCCCGCCUCAGAUCGUAGCGAUCUACCCUCUCGUCUCCUCUGCCGUCGCCAUCAUCAUCAGCAUGUUGGACUGCCCCAUUCCGAGCCUAGCCGCUGCGGCGUAUUACAUACGGGGACACCUGCUCAGCACGGGAAACGUUCCUGACGAACUCGAACUCGGCAUGAGCAAAGACGCUAGGCAGGCCUUCAAGGAUUUCGAGCGGGCUGCGAGAGGGGGAGAGGUCAGGGGUUGGUUCAGGUUGGGAAGGGAUUACGAGGUGUGUGGAGAGAUGGAAAGGGCGAAGACUUGUUACGAGAAGGGAGUGGCCAAGGGGGAUGGCGAGUGUCUCUACGUGAGUGUCCGUCUAGGUCUGGCUUAUCUCGGUGGUCAGCUCAACAUGGCAUUACAGCCAUCGGUCGGAUUAGACUACCUCCGUCGGUCAGCAGAUUUAGCUACCGUCGACUGCCCGCAAGCACCUUUCUUCCUUGGUAUGCUCCUCGCUGGAGAGAAUCACGACGUCCCAUUCCCUACCGGUUUCCUACUCCCAGCCUCGUCACCUGCCUCCCCUCAACUCGAAGCCCAGCACCGGGAAGCCAAGUCGUAUAUCCUCAAAUCCGCUUACCUAUGCUUUGGCCCCGCCCUCCAUAAAGCCGGCUACAUGCACGAACAUGCACAGCUCACUUGCUCAUAUGACCCCUUGUUGAGCGUACAGUAUUGUGCGCUGGCGAGCCAAGAAGGAGAGAUCGAGGCAGACAUGGCCCUGAGCAAGUGGUUCUUGGUCGGCGCGGAGGGAUGUUUCGAAAAGGAGGAAAAGUUGUCGAGGACGUUUGCGGACAAGGCGGCUCAGGCGAGGUUGCCUACGGGAUUGUUUGCUUUGGGGUACUACAACGAAGUCGGAAUCGGUGGCCCUGUUGAUAUCGAACAAGCGAAGAAGUGGUAUCACAAGGCGAGUCUUGCUUGCAAUCAGGAAGCCUCCGAACGGCUCCGCGCCCUCGAGAAGCCUAUCCCGACUGCCCUAUCCGGUGACGAUCACAUGUUCGCUCUGAACAGGACUCUUGUCCGUAAACACACUACGGCGAAAGAACGAUCGGAUCGGUCCAGACUGGCGGCGGGAACGCGACAAGAAUCGGAGCAG